ACUUGAUUUUUCAGUAGGACUAGGAUGCAACAUUUUUCUUAUGCCCUGAUUAAGUUACAAACAGAAGCUACAAUAUUUUGGAAGUGUUCUGAAUGUGAGAAGUUACAAUAAUAUUUUCUAUAUUUAAAAAUGGAAGUAGCUGAAUGUAAGCUAACACCUGGUACAGUUAAACCAAGUCAAGUACUGGAACAGAUUUGGCAUCUAAACCUAAUGAUAAGAGAAACACUUCUAAAGAGUGACCUUCAAGAUAAUGAAGCUACAGCAGAAUAUGUGCCUAGAUUGACCUUCCUCAUGCAACAGCUCAGCAGUUCCCUCAGCCAACAGUUACAACACAAUACAGAGAUCCUACAAGACACCUGCCAGCUACUGAAUACUCUUCAGAGCAAACACAAGCAACUGGUUUCAAGGCAAGAGAUCAUCACUCUUGUGAGCUGUCUUCAAAAAAUAAAUGAAAUCUUUCUGGAUACAGUUACACAUCUUCAAGAGGCAAAAAACAAAAUUUAUGAUAUUAGAUGCAGACAUGAUGAUAAAUCUCAAUCCCAGAUUGUUCAAGAUGUUUUCAAUGAAAUAGUUGUGUGUGAAGGAGAGACACAUUCUGGGAAAGUAUCUGCUGGUGUAAGUCAGCCACUCCAGGUAACUUCUCCCAUGAAUGAAAGGAAAAGUCCAAACAUUCACCAAGUCCAGCCAAGUGAAAACAAAACAGUGGAAAAAGAAACUGCUAUAUCAUUAAGUGAAAAAAAUCCUGAUCAAGAACAGGCAGUAAGCAGAGACCUCCCAAACCUAAUGGAAAAUGAAGAUCACAAGCUACUACAGAGUUCACAUACAGAGCAAAAAGAUUACAACAGAAAGGAGGAAAGUCAUGGAGCAGGAUCUUAUAAUAAGAAAUGCCCAAACAGAGCUUUUCAAGAAGUUCCCGGGAGCAAUGGAGAUGAUAUAAUUGUAUCUGGAAAGUCCAAAGACAUCUGUGAUAGAUCUGUAAUUAAUCUUUCUGAUCAAGAACAGGCAGUAAGUGAAGAACCCCCAACUCAGAUGGAAUAUGAAGAUCACAAACCAACAGAGAAUUCAUGUGAAGAAGAAAAAGAUGACAACAAAAAGGAGGAAAUUUAUGAGAUUACUGGGAGCAACAGAAAAAAUACAAUUGAGUCUACAAGGUUGGAGAAUAUAUGGAAUACACCUGCCAUGAAUCUUUCAACAAUUGAUUCAGAAAAAGUGGAAAGAUCAAGUCCCUGGAUGAACAAAGAAUUUGUAGCAGAAGUGAGUGGUAAGAUUGAACCUGAAGUUGCCUGUUAUAUUACAGCACCUUCCAUCACUCUAGAAAAUUUAGCAUGCAGGAUCAUCAAUGACAUGAGUUCCCUGGUGGUGGAAGAUUCUGAGGAGCUGGUCAGCAAUGUCAUCAGUGUUGCAUGCUUAGACCAUGGAAAACUAAUUCCCUUUCCUAUCAACAUUGCAAUCCCAUUCACUGCACGCUACAGAGGAAAUUAUCGAGACAUCAUGGUGAAGGUGACUGAUAUGAAUUUUCAAUCAAGUUACUUAACUCCCAUUUCCUUUGAUGGGUGCCAGGGAAACCAGAAGGGGGCCUUUGCAGAAGUGAAAAUUUGCCAGCUUGGUAUUUUUUCUGUGGUAUCAUGCUUAAAAAAAGAAACAUUCACCAUUCCAAAGAAAGGGCUCUCACAAAAGCUAAGCAUGGAUUCUAGAAUCUCUUUCUACUACCCUCCAGAAACGUUCAGUUCUCCAGUGACCAUGCAGUUAAAGGUCCAGCCAAUUGAGCCAUCACUAGUUUCCAUAUUAAAGACAAAAUAUGACAUGUACCAUUCAGUAGUAUCUACUAGCCCAUUGGUUCAUAUCCAGCAUCCUUCAUUCCAGCCAUUUAACAAGUCAGUCAGUGUUAUUCUACCCUGUCCUCCAAAUCUAGAAAAAAAGAGAACAGGAGAUGCAACAGAACAUGCAAGAGCGUCUAGUGCCACUGUAACCAGGGUUACAACUGCAUAUCAUCUUCGGGCAAUGAGUGCCUCGGUGAAAAAACAUGGAGAGAAUCUCGGUGAAUCCUUGAAAGUAUUGGGUUACAGAAACAAAGAAGAAGAGUGGGUUGUGCUUGAUGAUGUUAUCGUGCGGAAUGCACAGAAUGGACUUGUAUCAUUUGAAGUAGAUGAGUAUCUAGAAAGCUUUAUUGUCAUUCGCCUCUCAUUUGCAAUGGACAAUACACAUCUAGUUCUGUUUAUCCAGGCUCUGGAGGAAGCCAUUCACAGCACCAUGGCUAAUGUCGUACUAUAUCGGAAAAAAGAAAACCCUCAUAGAAUAGUUGUUUUACUGGUUCUGUCCAAAGAACUGAACUGGGAGCUGCAAAGCCUGCGUGAGGAGGGAUACUUUGGUCCUCCAGAACCAACGCAACAGUUUCAGCUAAGAGAAGGAGAGCAGAUUCAUUUUAGAUUUACUGGCAACAUAUUUGCCUCAGAUGAUGGGAAGAAUUUUGGAAAAGUCUACAGGCUUAUUUUUCAUUCACAAAGAAAGCCCAGACUGGAGCUCCAACUCAAAGAAGUGGAUGAAUUUGGUAACUACAGCUCACCUCAUUACAAGGGAAUGGCACUAUUUUACAAAAUGACCAGAGAAACAAUAGCCAAGAACCGGGGUCAACCUCUUCUGCCUGCUGACUAUCAGAACCAGUCACCUUUAUGCAAGUUAGCACUAACCUUACCAAAGCAUGAAAAAUCAAUCAACCGUCCACAAAGCACAAAAAGAAUUGCUACAGAUUCAUCAGAGGCCCUGUGGGAUAACUUGUUGUACUGGCUCGCAGAGGAGCUCUCAGAAGAUAAUGCAUCAUUGCUCUCUCUGCACCUGCCUAUCCGUCGGAGCACUCUUCAGCUUGUUAGACUGAAAUGCCCUGAUAAUCUAACACAUCAGAUCUAUGAGCUUCUUUGCUUCUGGAAAAAGAAUCUUCCAAGAUCAGCUGAUAAACAGCGACUCCUAUCUCGUUAUCUUCGUAAGAGUGGCAGAAGUGAUCUUUCUGAAGAGCUCAAGUUUAAGUGGGAGAAUAAAGCAUUCACUUGGCAAAAGCACUGGUUUGAGAUGGACAGCUAAAAGACUGAUAUCUGUA